AUGGCUGAGAAGAACGUGUUGAUUGAGACCAAAACGCCGACGCUUUUGGAGGGGGAUAGUGCAGGUCAGACAUUUGGAGGCAAACUUGCAGAAAGCGUUGCACCAGGAGCAUCAUCUUCUUCUUCUCGCGCUGUCAAUCUGAACAAAGACGAUGAUAAGAAACAACAAAUGCUUAUUGCUCCAGUACAUCAGAAUGAGGAUCGUCUAGGGCUUGCAUCAAUGGAUGAUGAUGAGGAGGAUGACGUUUACCCGCCGCGAGAUAAGAAGAACGACAUGAACAUGUCAAAGGAAGUGCCAUGCUUACUAUCGACAAACGAGGGACCUGAUGGGCCUGACAGUCAAUCGAACCAGGAGACUCUGAUCGCCCCCUUUGCUGGUCUAUAUGCACCGGCUGCCUACGCUGAUGCGGCUGGUCAUGUUGCUUUUGGUGGUGCUGUUAGUGCAAGUGACAACAUGCUGUCGUUCUAUCCUGGGAUGGAUCCGCCUCGCCAUCUCAUGAUCACCGACGGGUCGCAGAACUCGAGGGCAACU